AUGGCCAAAGUCACUGCUAACAAGAAACUGAAUGCUCCUGUAAAGGAAGUAAAAGAAGUACAAGCCAGUACUCAACUUGAAGAAGAGAUUCACACCGAGUCUUCUGAUGAAUCCGCUGAUGAUGCCACCUCUGGGAAGGAUGACGAUGUUGUUGAAGGUUUAAGUUCUGAUGAAGAAACAAACACUUCCACUCAUAACAUUAAAAAAUUAACUCCGAAGACUAAAACUAAAGAUAACAGCAAAAAAGCCACUGAUAUGUACUCAGGUAUUAUUUAUAUAAGCAGGUUACCUAAAGGAUUCCAUGAAAGGCAGUUGAGUAAAUAUUUCUCUCAAUUUGGUGAUUUGAAACAAGUCAAAUUAGCAAGAAAUAAAAAGACUGGUAAUUCAAGACAUUACGGUUUCAUUGAAUUUGUGAAUAAAGAUGAUGCAAAGAUAGCUCAAGAAUCUAUGAAUAAUUAUUUAGUAUUAGGUCAUUUGUUGAAGGUAGUUCUGAUGCCAAAGGAUACUAAAAUUGAAAAACUAUUGAAAUACAGACCAAGCAAGUUUUCACUGAACACUACAAAGAAAUCAGAAGAAGAAUUGAAGAAAAAUGCAAACAUUAAACAUGAAUUAAGACUGAACAAGUUAUCCGAAUCUGGUAUUGAGUUCAAGUGGUGA